CCCAUAUCCUCGUGGAUACUAACUGGGUUCCUUACCACUGAGCCACAACAAGAACUCCUUUUUUUUUUUCCCCUACAUUCUUUUUAAUUGGUGCUAAAUCUUUGAAGUCAGGGCAUAUUUUACACAUCUCAGUUUGGACUGGCCACAUCUCAAAUACUCAGCAGCCUCAUGUAGUUAGAGCUCUUGUGCUGGACAGUGCAGCUCCUUGUUGGGGGCAGAGGUAUAGGAGGUGGGGGAAGGGAAGGUGACAUACAAAAUAGCUGGAGUGGGAAGGGAGCGAAAUGGGGUGGGGCACCGAUCAUCCAGAGGAGAAUUGGAAUGAGUUUUCCUUGGUUUUAUCCACAGAUGCAGGUGAGUGGAUGAAGCACCCUGGCUGUUUGCUCAUUCUCUUGGCUCAGAGUUCAGGAAGGGCACAGAGCUGGAAGCCUGGAGACCCGCAUGGACCCCAGCCUUGCAGCUUUCUAGCUCUGUGACCUUGGGGAAGUCACUUUACCUUUCAGUUUACAUUUCCUGUACUCAUCACCUGCCCGCAAGGGUUGUUAUCAGAUUGGAUGUAAUAAUAUGAAAACACUAAGCCUUAGAUAAAUGUGGUUGAACCUGUCUCUCUUUUCAAUUGUUUUCUAAAUUGUAUCAACACGAAUGGUUUGUAUUAUGCUUUCUUGCCUUCUCCCUCCUGCAGUUAAAACUAAAAUUGAAGUUCAGAGUUAUCCAUCCUUCAGUGGGGACCCUGGUGCUGGGAGACGGUGGGGAUGGGAGAGACCAGCCCAAGCUGAGGAGGUGAGAAGGGAAGGCGGCCAGAGGAGGGGGCCCUGGUGAGCAAUCUUCACUUGCCCCCCAGAAUGGAACAGACUUUCCUGGAAGUCAGCACCUCCCACUCCGGCUGGACUUUGCCGCUGCCGUGUGCACACCUCAAAGCCCGAAGUUUAUGGCUCUCACCUGCUCAGUCGGACAGGAAGCAGCAGAUCCUCCCCAACUCCCCUUGACCCCACUGUGAUCAAGGGAAAGAGAAUUCGCGUGGGAUCAGGGCAGAGACCAGAGUGAACGGGCCGGGCGGCACCGGGAUGCCCUUGACCCCCUCCCACAAAGGGGCCGUCUGUUCGGACUGCCAAGGGCGACUGGAGGAUGCGGUGACCGCCGCCUGCGGACACACCUUCUGCCGGCUCUGCCUCCCCCUGCCCCCCCAGAUGGGGGCCCAGCCCUCCAGCAGGGUCCUGCUCUGUCCAGUCUGCCAGGAGAAGGAGCAGACAGAGCCCGUCCUAGUCCCCGUGCCCCUGGGCCCUCUGGGGGAGACUUACUGCGAGGAGCAUGGCGAGAAGAUCUACUUCUUCUGCGAGAAUGAUGCCGAGUUCCUCUGUGUCUUCUGCCGGGAGGGUCCCUCCCACCAGGCCCACGCCGUGGGCUUCCUGGAUGAAGCCAUCCAGCCCUACCGGGACCGUCUCCGGGGUCGACUGGAGGCUCUAAUCACAGAGAGAGAUGAGAUUGAAGACAUGAAGAGCCGGGAGGACCAGAAGCUCCAAGUGCUCCUGGCUCAGAUUGAAAGCAAAAAGCGGCAUGUGGAAGCGACUUUUGAGAGGUUGCAGCAGGAGCUGGGGGAGCAGCAGCGCCUCCUGCUGGCCAGGCUGACAGAGCUGGAGCGGCAGAUCUGGAAGGAGAGGGACAAGUAUAUCUCAAAGCUCUCGGAGGAAGUCGCCCGGCUUGGCACCCAGGUCAAGGAGCUGGAGGAGAAGUGUCAGCAGCCAGCAAGUGAGCUCCUACAAGAUGUCAGAGUCAACCAGAGCAGGUGCGAGACGAAGACUUUUGUGAGUCCAGAGGCCAUUUCUCCUGACCUCGUCAAAAAGAUCCGCGAUCUCCACAGGAAAAUUCUCACCCUCCCAGAGAUGUUGAGGGCAUUCUCAGGUAAACAGGGAGGGGCAGCAGCUUUCCCUAUCCCCAUCAGUUGCCCUUCUGCCUUCCAUCCAGCUCCAUCUUUCUCCACUUUCCAAAUCUUAAGCCUUCCCUUAGUGAUCCUACCCUGCUCAAGGAGACCAAUCCCUAGAGCGUCGCCUCCCCUCCGCAAGGACAGGCACUGCACUGAGAGUCCAGAAAGAAAACCUGGUGCAUCAUUUGGAAACAGACUCAGGCAUCGUCACUCUGGACCCUCUGACCGCCAGCCCGAGCCUGGUCCUUUCCGAGGACAGGAAGUCCGUGCGGUACACUCGGCAGAAGCAGAACCUGCCCGACAGCCCACUGCGCUUCGAGGGUCUCCCGGUGGUGCUGGGCUCCCCCGGCUUCUCCUCUGGGCGCCACCGCUGGCAGGUGGAGGUGCAGCUGGGAGAGGGCGGCGGCUGCACUGUGGGGGUGGUCGGGGAGGAGGUGAGGCGGAAGGGGGAGCAGGGCCUGAGCGCCGAGGAGGGCGUCUGGGCGGUGAUCCUCUCCCACCAGCAGUGCUGGGCCAGCACCUCCCCGGGCACCGACCUGCCGCUGAGCGAGAUCCCGCGCCGCGUGGGCGUCGCCCUGGACUACGAGGCGGGGCGCGUGGCCCUGCUCAACGCCGAGACCCGGGCGCCCAUCUUCACUUUCGCCGCCUCCUUCUCCGGCAAAGUGUUUCCUUUCUUCGCUGUCUGGAAAAAAGGCUCCUGCCUGACUUUGAAAGGCUGAGGCGCAGCGUCGGAAGGGCGGUGUCAGCGGAGAGAGCAGCACCCGGGAUCCAACUCCCACCCUUGGGCGUUUCCUUGUGCCCAAGACCGCAGGGGACACGGCUCUCAGAGUCCGCAGGCUCUGUAAUUUUUUCACUUUAUUUAUCUGAUGCCCUUCAGCCUUGACGUUCCUGGUUCCCCGCUGACGCUCCCGCCUUCUCUGCACCUCCGAGAGGAGAGCCAGAGGCAGACGAGGCGGCGCCUAGGACACCAGCACGCUGGGGAGCCGGUGGGUUGUCCGGGGAAGAUUUUUUUU